AACAGGCUCAAUUAUGAAAAGGUGUCAAAAGUGAUAGCCUUCAUAAAAACAGCCAUGAGCCGGCACGUGCCGCUGACCUGGUUAUGGCUGUUGCAUCAUUUUUUCUGACCGCUCAAAGGGUAUGCCCCGAGAUAGCUAUGACGCAUCACUUAAUUGUCACGUGACGGUAAAAAUGGCGAUGUCAGAGUAACAUGAAUUCCAUUGCUCAACAUGUGAUGUGAAAAUAUUUGCGGAAUUCAAGAAGAUCGAUGUUUUUUUCCUGACAGAACAUUGCAUCUAGCAUUAUCCUAGCUUGUGACAAAUAUGGAUAAUGGUGAAGAUACGGAGGAAACAGCUUGUGAGGACGAAAAGGACCAAAACCUUGAGAUUUUGUCGCAAGCAUCUUCACCGGGAUCAUCACUGACAUCCUCUCAAGAUUCCCGCCGCCAGAUGAACCGACCGAACAAGAAGAAAUAUGAGGAAGAAAUGGACGAACUUCAGAAACACAUUCGUUCCAAGGAAGCUGAAAGUAAAGCUCUUGGUAACUUGAGUCCCGAGGCCUCGUCCGGUCAGCUUCGUGAGCUCCGAUCUGAAAAAGAGGCGUCCAUUAACAAGCGCAAGAAAAUAGACAACGAUUUACGUCUGCUCAAUGAAGAAAUCAAAAAGAAGAUGGGUCAGCUGUCGAAGACGGAGUCCAACCUCCAUUACAAGAAUGAGGCAAAGAUUGACGAUGCUAUAAGAAAGAUGGAAUGGCAGUUGAAGACACAGAACUUCCGGCUGCCGGAGGAACGGAAAAUUGUUGCUGAAGUUGACAAGCUAAAACGUUCAAAGAAAGUCCUUGUAGAGUACUUUGCGCAGAAAAAAGAGGUUGAUAAGAUGAGAGAAAGUCAGCGACGUAUGAGAGGAGAAAGGGAGUACUAUUACAAGGCUGUUAACAACAUUAGUAAGCGGGAGGAAGAACUGAAGAGGGCAAAUCAUGAUAAAAAAGUGAAAAAUGAAGAAAUUAAAAAAGAAUUAGAUCAGCUGUAUGCCAGGAAGAGAGAAUUGUUUAUGGAUUUCAAGCAGUGUGAAUCCGAUUACCAGCACCAGUUGAAAGAGCGUCGCCAUCGGUUACGGAAGGAGAGUUUCAAGAAGAAGGAGGAGGAGAGAAAAGCAAAGGAGGAAAUCUGGCAGAAAGAAAUGAUGGAAUAUGAAGCGCAAAGGGAACCAUUUGAAGAUGAGAAGAAUUUGUGUAACACGCUUAUAAGUUACUUACAGAAGAGGAAUAACUCGGAAAGAGAAGACAGUAUUUUAUCAAGCCCACGAGAAGAGAAGCCUGAGCAACCCAUAGGAGUUGGUUUGGCAGAUAGUCUUGAUGGUGGGAAAUACGUUCUACUUAAAAAGUCAGAAGAGGCUGAAGUUGAUUACUCUGUGGCAAACAAACCACGUCGUCGGAGUAAGAAGGGGAGGAAACUCUCUGUGACCAAGCCUCUGGCUCAUACACCACAGAUCAUUGCUCAAUUUUCAUCCCUCAAUCUGAAUGCACCAUCAAACAUGUCUGAACUGGCAGCAUCUAUAGAACAGCUUCAAGCUAGAAAGAGAUUUUACGAGGAACAGGCAGGUCAUGUAGCUAGGCCUUUGCUAGGCAGCCUCAGUGGAUCCUUCAGUUCCUCGGGGUCGCUGUCUGGAAGUCUAGAUUCUCCUCUCAGGGAACGCUCCAGUACUUGGGGCUUUGUUGAGGUCCCGCCAGCAAUAGCAGAAAACCAGACGCCAAGUGACGCAGGGAAUUCUGCCGAGAGCGGUUUCCAUGACAUGUCCCGACAGGCGAGUAAGACAGAAAGUUCUGAGAGUGCUGCAGAAUGUGCACAAAAUGACCAGGCUCUGGAGGAGCUGAUUAAGCAGUCCGCUGAGUAUGGGGAGAGUGAAACCUCAAGGUCCUCGAGUGAUACAAUAACACCUGAGGAACAUAUAGGUGAAGAGGGGGACCAGUCUAAAGGAAAUGGGUCACCGAAAACCAGUCAGGGUAACACAGACAGUACAUCUGAUAAUCAGUCCUCUCACUCCCAUGACAAUGACUCGGCAGAAUCUUCAGUAUUUGAAGAAAAUAGUGCAAAGUCAAACCUCCAAAGUGAAGAGUAUCUCAGGGGUAUUAAUGCAGAUAAUAGCAUUAGUGCUAGAAACUAUGAUAUGGAUUUCCCACCAGCUUUAAAAGCAGACAUUGUUGGGAGAAGUGAUCUAUCUAGUGAUAAACUAGACUGUGAUGUAGGUGAUAAAAACUUAACCCAGGAAAGUGUCAGUGAAUGGAAAUUAGAAAUGACUCAUUCAGAAAUGCAGUCGCCUGAUGUUGAAAUAAAUCAGUGUGACAAGACAUUGUCCGAAGAUGUAGAUGUUAUAAUUGACAAAACUGAUGGUAUUCAUGUAGAUGCUGGCAAAAACGAAACACAGACUAAAGUGCAAAGUGUUGAAACUAUAGGUGGAGCUGUUGUUAAAGAUAUAUCGGAAGUACAUGUCACAGAGAGUGAUAAAGACGAAGUUACCCAUUUGUGAUACUGGUUGAAAUUUUAGAAAAAAAAAGUAUUUUUAGAUAACUAUUUAACAAUAGUCAUAUUUUAUUGUAUGGAUGUUGCUUUAGUUGAAGAAUUAUUUGUGCCGUGCCAUGAGAAAACCAACGUAGUGGCUUUGCGACCAGCAUGGAUCCAGGCCAGCCUGCGCAUCCGCGCAGUCUGGUCAGGGUCCAUGCUGUUCGCUUUUAAAGCCUAUUGGAAUUUGAGAAACUAUUAGCGGACAGCAUGGAUCCUGACCUGACUGCGCAGAUGCGCAGGCUGGUCUGGAUCCAUGCUGGUCGCAAAGCCACUACGUUGGUUUUCUCAUGGCGCGGCUCAUUUUAAGUUUAUUAAGUUUUCUCGGGAAUUGUAAUAUGAGGUACAGGUGAUGUUUAUGUCGCUGUGCAGUUCUGUCUAUUAGCUGUUCAAUAUUGUGAAAAUAGGUUGUUCUGUAUUAUACUUACAACAUAUAAGACUGUUUCCAAAUGCAUUUUUUUUUUUUUUUUUUGAGUAAUGUAUUUCAGAGUUUUGUUGCAAAUAAUCAGAUCAGGUUUAAAUAAAUGAUGUGUGUACAUGUUGAUUUUGUCAGCAUUUAGUUAAGUCUGUUUCUGUGUCUGGUGGAUAUUUAUGAUUGUUGGUUUGGAAAAAAUAUUUUUGUGAUAACUUCAUUUGUUAAACCAUCUUUUAACCAGCCGUUUAAAAUUCAUGAAAGAUUUUAUUAUUAUUUUUGUGGCACUACCUAUACUUUCAAGUCAUCAUUGAAUAGAACUAUAUUUUGACCUUAUUCAAAAUCUGUAUAGAGUACGUACAUAUGCGCAUAAGAUGUUUUUGCGCGAACCUUAUUACAUAAAUAUUACAAAACUUACUGAAUAAAUUCUGUAUGAAAUUGCUUUUACAUAAAUGAAAGAGGAAAUUAAAUGCCCCUCUGUCAUUUCAUUUUAAUUUGAUAAUUCCAACAUUUAUUUUUGACGGAAAAUACCUGAAGUUUAUUUUUAGUAAGGUUUGAUUUAUCUUAUGAUGUUUCGUAUGAAACUUUACAGAUAUUUCUGAUUUGAAUACUGACCUUUUCCAGUUACAUUUAAAGACAGAAAUGGAUUAUUUAUUUAUUACCUUAGUUUUAUACAUACAACUUAAGCCAGUCUAUUGAUCAUGUAUGGUUAAUUUAACACAGUUAUAAUAUUUGACUGAAUAAAUGGCUCAUUGGAAAUAAUAAUGGCAUUGUGGGAAAACGCCCCAUUACUGUAAAAUUGUCACUAUUCCUGGGGGAACUAAUUUUCAUGGAUUGCAAACAAACUAAUGUCCUUUUCAUUUUGUCGUCAGAAUUUUAAAUGCACGAUUUUUUCUUCAGAAUUUUUAAAUCCGCAAACUCCAAUCCCCAUGAGCUCAGGAUUCCGUGCCCAUGAUUUAAAUAAUUUCACGUUUAGUGCACCUUCGAGAGGCAGAUAAUAUUUGUGAUAGUCUUAUCUUUUGCAAAUACUUGUUCGAAAAUUGCAUCUUCUAAAUUAAAAAUGGGCAUUUUGUCUGUAACUAUCUUUAGUUGGUAUUUGUUAUGGAUAAAGAAUAAUGACUUAAUUGUGAAAUAAAGCUGAUGUACUCUCAGUAUCUACUGUGGUGCUCAGACGACGGUACACUGAAAUGACCUCAAGCACCCUCCCUUUCGUGCAAUUUACCUUUUCCCAGGUACUUUUUCGUGUAUUUUCUUCACUUAAUUCGCUUGAAACCCUUGAAAACUCGAGCAUUUUAGACAUCCCCUUGUGACUACCAGCAAUCCGUUUUCUACUGUCUUUCUCCUUGUAGUAUCUAAUCAAAAAGUCACUUCAGUGAUUGGUUUUGAUGGCAAAAUUUUUAUGGCGCUUUUAUCAACUUAAUAGCAUUUUUAGCAUUACGGCACCAUUUAUCUUGAUGUAGUUCAUGUUUUUUUGUUAUCACUGUGUUUGUGAUGUUUGGUACGAAUGUUAAUGUUUUCUGUUAAGUUUUUUUGUUGUUUUUUUUGGUAAAUAUGCAAGAAAAAACUCAUGCAUUUGUAUAUAUUGUUUUAUUUUGUCUUUUAUUUCCGAAAUGAAAUUUUAUGUUUUAGUCAGUCAUGUUAGUUAGGGAAAUCAAUUCACUGAAAAUUUAAUUCCUAUUUAAACAGUCUGCUUUCUUUGUAAUUAACAGUUUCGCUUGUUAAUGUAGAUUACUCAGUCUAAAAUAUAUUGUGGCAGGAUUUUAAUGCCACUGUUUAAUAUUCAAAGGUUUGUCCACAGUGAUUGUAGGUUAGCCAGUAAAAUAUAUUUAUUUACUACGUAUUUAAUGGAUUAUUUAUUUUCAAGGAUCGGUACAUGCUUGGGAUUGACUUAAAUUUGUUUGAAUUCAAGUUGCCUCGAGUGCACCAGUACCUUGUUUUGUUUUAAGUUAUACAAUUGAGCCGUGCCAUGGGAAAACCAACAUAGUGGCUUUGUGACCAGCAUUGAUCCAGACCAGCCUGCGCAUCCGCGCAGUCUGGUCAGGAUCCAUGCUGUUUGCUAACAGUUUCUCUAAUAGCAGUUGGUUAUGAAAGCAAACAGCAUGGAUCCUGACCAGACUGCGCGAAUGCGCAGGCCGGUCUGGAUCCAUGCUGGUCGCAAAGCCACUAUGUUGGUUUUCUCAUGGCGCAGCUCAUAUAUCCUAAGUGCUUCAUGAUAGAAUACGUUAUUUUUUAUGUUUGCUAGUUUAGAUAAAGAUUGUUUGCCACAGACUCUCAGAAAAUAAAUUUGAUCAUUUCUCACGAUUUUUUUCUCACUUCAUGAUCUCUUAUUUAUUUCACUGUAUUUCAGUUGCAGAAUUUUUUUACGGUCCUAUAGAAUAUUGUAUUUCUAUUUUUAAGUACAAUGCCACUGUCAUGAAGUGAACGCUAACUUGAAUAUAAAAAUACGUUUGUUUUAAAGAGAUUGUUGCUUUGAUGCAGUUUAUUUUCUAACAAUGACACCUUAUUUGAAAGAAAAUAUAAGUCGUUUUUAAAGAGGUGUUGUUUUAGGGAGCAGAUGCUGUAAUGCAAUGCGAAUAAACCAGCAAAUUAACACAAAAAAAAACUUGUAGCACUAUAGUUUUGUGUCAGCAUUUUAAUUUAAAGUCUACUGUUCAGCCACAGGACCUCCGAUUGCAUUUUGAUUUUCAAACCAUUCCAUUCACAUAAUGGGUGAAUUUAUUAAUGGGUUAAUUGUAUUACUAAAGAUACAAUACAUGUUUGGUUUUGUUUAUUGAUAUCUGUAGAAGCAAGAGGGAUUGUUGGUGACCAAGACAAAAUGUUAAGGGAUACCAACAUGUCCCAAGAGCUUCUACAGAUGUUAAUAUAGAAAACACUUUGUAUUGUCGCUAUUCUUGCUUAAAAACAUCACAAGAAGACUUUAAAGUUGAUAACUUUAAUUCAGGUAAAAAUUUUAUUUACCAUUCUGUUGUUUUUGGGAAUUGUUAACGUCUUAAAUAUCCAUAACUUGGGUGCACAAAUAAGCAAUACGCAAGAAUUGAUUGGGUUGCGACUUUUAUGUUACUAAAAAGGAAACUUUUAUGGAAAAAAAGAAGACGUAGAUACCCAUUGUUCAUUUGCACAAGAAUGAUUUAUGACAUUUCUCCAUUUAACUCGUGAAAUGUAGGUUAAUGUGAAUAGAAGAUGUACCCGUCACUUUCAAAUGCAAGAUCUAGGUCACCUGUCCUUAGUAACUCGACAUUUAGAGCGACCAGAGCUUUGAUUUUCAGCAAAAAAAAUGUAUAUUUAUUAAUUUUUAUAUAUAUAUAAAAAAAAAAUUCUCAUUUUAGUCUCUCAUUUAUAUUUUUGCCAAAAACAGUACAACUGUAACGAAUUUCAUGUUUAAUUUGUCACAUGACCAAUUUUGACCAAUCAUAGACAACCGCUUUUAACUUGAUUGUAAAAUAGUCCCAGUGUUGGCAGAUUUCCAAUAUUCAGAUCAUGUUUUAGUUUGUAGAUUCUUUUGUGUUCAUAUACAAUUGCUCAUUAUUGCUUAUAUUGAGAGAAAAAAAUAUAUAAAAAAUGAAUUCAUAUUCUCACAUCAAUAAUCAUUGUGGCAUUAUACAAAACUCAUAUUAUUUACAUAUUGUUAUAUAUUUUUUGAAGAAAAACAAAUACUGCGAAAUCAUGAAUAUUCAUGGACAGAUUUUCAUGGUUGAGUUAACUAACAGAUAAAAUACCCGUUCAUUUUUAUGUUCAAAAGUUGAAAUCCAUGAUUCAUAUCCCAUCGGAACGGCCUGUUUUUAGCAAAACCAUGAAAUUUCGAGCUCAUGAAUUGAAAUGGUUUUGCAGUAUUGCCUUAAUUUGAAUAAGUUCACACAUGUAUUUAGAUGUAAAGAAAUAGUAAAAAAAAAAUGAAAAAUUGUGAUAAUUAUGAAAUAAUUGUUAAAUUUUUGUUGUAGAAAUAUUCUGACUGUAAAUGCUUCUAAAGAUGUACUGCCAUAGACAGUUUGUAUGCUUUGCAUUUCAAUGACAAAUGUCACAUAGAUUCGUAUGAAGUAAAAUGUGUUUAAAUAGAAUAACGUGUAGCUGAGUCUGUACUUGAUGAUUUAAUAAUAAUAUGAUAAGUGUAAAACAUAAAAAAAAGUAGGAAGCAAAUUGAUUGAAACUGUUGUUUGAACCAUGUGGUAUUUCUACAUUCUGUUACUUUUUUAUAAGCUCAACAGUAGUUCUGCAGGUAUUUGAGGUAGCGUACUGUUAUGACAGCCACUAAUUUAUCAUAUGAUUACAUAUUCUUUUAUGGUAUUUCAGUAUUCUCAGGUUGAUAAUGUAGCUCUUAUGAGCACCUUGCUUUCCAUGCGUACCAGAGAAUGCCGAAAUUACAAACAAACAAAAGGUAUGUAAUCAAAGGGAAAGUUUUGAUUGUCGUUAUGGACCCGCUACUCAAGAAAAAAAAAUGAGUGUGGAGAAAAAAAACUAUUUUUGAUAACAUUUAGAUGGAAAUGAACUUUUUUUCAAAUGCAAAAUAUUUUUACAAAAUUAGUUUGUUUAUUUGCAGUAAAGAAAAACAAACAAGGAAGUAAAAGAGUGUACCGGUAUACACUAUACUAUAGAGCUAGUUUGCAUAUCCUUAAAAACAGCUUAUCAUCCUAUUUUGGUCGUGUAAAGAAAAAAGUUUUGAGUUGUAAUAAGUGACAUAAAAUAUGCUUGAUCCUUCAUCACACUUAAAGAUGUACUAUGCUUCUCUUUCAGUGACAUAUUUUGACAUAAAAUAUGCAAUCUUAAAGAUGUACUAUGCACAUCUUUAACUGACAUAUUUUGGCAUAAAAUAUGCUUGGUCCUUCAUUACACUGAAAGAUGUAUUAUGCUUCUCUUUCAGUGACAUAUUUUGACAUUAAAUAUGCAAUCUUAAAGAUGUACUAUGCACAUCUUUAACUGACAUAUUUUGGCAUAAAAUAUGCUUGGUCCUUCAUUACAGUUAAAGAUGUAUUAUGCUCAUUUUUCAGUGACGUAUUUUAUCAUAAGUUAUUGAUUUAAAACUAUUAAAUCCAUGUCAGGUUUAAAUAAUCUGGCUAUAUAAAUAUGUAUAAAUAUAUAUAAAUGUUUAUUCAUGUAUGUAAUCCAACUUUGUCAGUAGAGCUGUAAUCGCAAUUAAAUGUCAUUUUUAGUAAAAGUCAUUUAUAAAAGACUUCCGGCUUUUUUAGUGGCAUUACAUGUUCAUACAGUUUUUACUUGAAUAAUAACUAGUGUGAAGGUAGUAUUUUAAAGCUGACAAAAAUACAGUACUUUUUAUACACACAGAUUUGUUUAUUUUAAGUUUAUGUGGAUUCUCUAUAAUAACUAUUCAUCUUUUCAAAUAUGAAAUUUGGGCAUAGUAUAUCUUUAAAGGUAACAGAAUAUAUAUUUUACAAUCCACCCUUAUUUUGUUUCAUUUGCAAUCAUGAUAAGGAUUUUGUUUUAUUGACAUGGUUUAUUUGUUUGUGACAUUUACCAUUUCAGUGGCUUGUAUUUAGAAUGAAAUGAUUUUUAAAAAAGCAUAUGAUUAAAUGAAAUAUAUAUUUGAAAUCAUGAUUAUUAUUAUGCAUAUAUGUUUUUCAUAUGUACAAUUUUUCUUGUGCUAAAUUUUGUAAAUUUGUGUCAUUUGUAUUCAUAAAAUAAAGUUACCAUGUUUACUAAUGUAAAAAAAAAUACAUAUGAAAAUUGACUGCUUGGCAUGGCUGAAUGUGUAUUAAAGAGUAAAAUAUUGAAUGUGCUAAUUCUUGUGACUGUGAAAAAAAUAAUAUGUUGAACAUAAAAGAUGGGUACUUAAAUUAUUGAUUUAUGUAGCAUCAAAUUACAAAAUGCUGGGCAUCCACAGAUAAACAGAUUAAAACAGUUAUUUAUCAUAAAA